CACUGUCAGAGUGGGAGUGGGAGCUGAAACAAUUCAAUGGGCGCAGUGUGACCGGGCCAUAGGAGGAGCCCAGUGAAUUCCCACAGAGCAAUCCAUCACCAGUGCCCCCAGAGAAAGCCACACUUCACUUCACUUCUUUACAUUUUUUCUUUGGGAGAGGAAGAGGAGUGCCUAUCUGCAUGUGACAUCACAAGAAACUUGAAACCGUCACUCAGCCGCCCUCCCUGCUCCCUGCCUGCUCCCCCCUCUCCCCAACCUCUCCCCGAGACGCCCCGCUUCUCCACUGGGCUCCACAAACCAGGGCCAGCGGUACCAUCCACCACCCGGCCCAAACUGCAGCUCGGCUCCCUGGACUUCACCACAGAGGGUCCCCCUCCUCUGGAGAUUUCACCUUUCAACACGUUCAUCCAAUGUUCCCGUCCUAAGUAUGGAGCUCUUACCGAACGGCGAUGCUGCUGUGGAGGCAGGAGUCCCACCAGAGGAGGAAAAGUUCCUGCAGCAUAAGAGUGAUGGACGGAAGAGGCCUCAGUUCACCGACUUUGAGGGUAAAACCUCCUUUGGGAUGUCAGUCUUCAACCUGAGCAACGCCAUCAUGGGCAGCGGCAUUCUGGGUCUGUCGUACGCCAUGUCCAACACCGGCGUCGUACUUUUCCUGAUCCUGCUGACGUGUAUCGCUUGUCUGUCCUCUUAUUCCGUCCAUCUGCUGCUGCGCAGUGCUGGAGUUGUGGGUAUUCGUGCCUACGAGCAGCUUGGCCUCAGAGCUUUUGGUCAUACAGGGAAGAUUCUAGCAGCUGUCAUCAUAACGCUGCAUAACAUUGGAGCCAUGUCCAGCUACCUGUUCAUAGUCAAAUCUGAGUUACCGCUCGUCAUCCAAGCCUUCCUCGGCCAGACAUACGGCUCUGACGACUGGUUCAUGAAUGGAAACUACCUCAUCAUCAUCGUCACUGUCUGCACCAUCCUCCCACUGACCCUGAUGAAACACCUGGGGUAUCUUGGUUACACCAGCGGCUUCUCUCUCUCCUGCAUGGUCUUUUUUCUGUCUGCGGUCAUCUACAAGAAAUUCAACAUUGCCUGUCCUCUGGAAGUGUUUGGCAACUUCUCUGUGAGCGCAGACGUCCCAGAGGACACAUGCAGCGCCAAAUUCUUCACCGUCAACCAAGAGACUGCAUAUACCAUCCCCAUCCUGGCAUUUGCGUUUGUAUGUCACCCUGAAGUACUCCCCAUCUACACUGAACUGAGCAAUCCAACCAAGAGAAGAAUGCAGAACAUUGGCAACGUUUCCAUCCUGGGCAUGUUCAUCAUGUACUUCUUCACCGCCAUAUUUGGCUACCUGACGUUCUACGGGAACACAGAAGCCGAGCUCCUGCACACCUACAGUAAGGUGGACCCUCUGGACACGCUGAUCCUGUGUGUCCGGCUGGCCGUCCUGGUGGCCGUCACUCUGACUGUACCUGUGGUCCUGUUUCCUAUCCGGCGUGCCCUCCUGCAGCUGCUCUUUCCAGGGCGACCCUUCCACUGGGUCCGUCACAUCGCCAUCGCCGUGUGUCUGCUGUUCGCUGUCAACCUGCUGGUCAUCCUGGUUCCCAACAUCCGAGACAUCUUUGGCAUCACUGGGGCGACCACUGCUCCCAGUCUGAUCUUCAUCCUUCCUGGUCUGUUCUACAUCCGCAUUAUCCCCACCGACCAGGAGCCCCUGAAGUCCAGACCAAAGAUCCAGGCUGCGUGUUUCACAGCACUGGGCUUCAUAUUCAUGACCAUGAGCCUGACGUUCAUGGGACUCGACUGGAUGAGUGGAGAAAAGCGAAGUCACGGUGGCCACUAAAGUGCAUCCCAAAGCCCAACAGCAACAGCGGCCCCCUAAUGUGGCCCUCCUCCGGCCCUCAGGGAAGGCUCGGUGGUCUUGUUGGUUUUCUGUUCAUCAUAAAGACAAUCUGUUCCUCCAGUGUGAUGAGAGGAGCCCACCCAGGUUGAUAUUAGUGCCCGACCGAUAUGGGUUUUUGGGGGCCAAUGCCGAUAUUAAAGUGAAAAAGAUCCGAUUCAUGAGCUGACAUUUUGAUUUUAUGAUUUGGAUAGUAGACCUCUUUUACUGUUUAAACUACACUACACUACAGGCCGAUAUUGAAAGCUGGUAUGUAUGUGGGCUAUAAAACCUUUUCCUAAAUGGAUUAUGUUAAUAAAAUCGAUUACAGUCUCAAAAAGUGAACAUGUAAACAAUUGCACAUCAAUAAAUAUUUGCUACUGGAAGGUGCAACUUUCAGCCCUCUGUAAACAGA